GUAGAUGUCUCCGCAGCUUCACCACUUGCCUCACGCUCCCUUUCGUUUCGACUACUUGGCUUAGCAGCGUGACCGCAAAUCCACACCAUGUCCUCUCAAGCUUCAUUAGAUAUCAACGAGGUGAGGGAGAGCUUCCCCUCAUUGAGCAGCGAUCAAGUCUUCUUCGACAACGCCGGAGGAAGCCAGGCUCUGGGAACAGUAGUCGACCGGAUCCGAGACUACCUACUACACUCCAACGUCCAGCUCGGCGCCAGCUAUGCAACCGGCAAGAAUUCCACGGCCCGGUACGCUGAAGGCUAUGCCGCGGCUGCGAAGUACAUCAACGCCUCCAGAGACGAGAUAGGCAAGUUUGACACACACACACCCCUCCCCACCCCCCUUUUUUAUGGGCGACUUCCGCCCUUAGUACGGUCCUCCCGUCUUACAUCCGUCCCAGUGCUCGGGUCGUCGACGACGCAGCUCUUCCGGAACUUGUCCUUCGCCCUCUCGUUCGACGAGGGCGACGAGCUGGUGGUGUCAGCGGUAGAUCACGAGUCCAACAUCGAAGCCUGGGUCGAUGUUGCCGAGCGUCAGAAGUUGGUGGUCAAGUGGUGGAAGCCGGAGGCAUCAGCGACAGACCCCGGAUCCAAGGCGAACCCCAAGCUGACGCCAGAGAGUCUCAAGGGUCUUCUCAGUGAGAAGACGAGGCUUGUGACCCUCACGCAUGCGAGCAACAUCCUGGGCACCAUCCACGAUAUCAAGGCCAUUGCGGAGACGGCCCAUGCGCACAGCCCCAGAGCCCUCGUCUGCGUCGAUGCUGUGGCUUAUGCGCCGCAUCGCAAGAUUGAUGUCAAAGAAUUGGGAGUUGACUUUUAUUCCUUCUCUUGGUAUAAGGUGUAUGGGCCUCAUAUCUCAUUGCUCUACGCGAGUCCCAACGGGCUAUCGCAGGUGCGAUCGUUUGGACAUUUUUUCAAUGCACACAAGACGCUCGAGGACAAGCUCGGCCUUGCGGGUGCCAGCUAUGAACUAGUAUAUGCUAUACCCGCGGUCACAGAGUAUCUAAGCCCCAGUGACGGUCCUUCCAAGUGGGACGGGAUCAUCCGGCAGGAGACGAUACUCCAGGAGACACUGUUGGGUUAUCUCAACGCGCGGGAUGAUGUGACAAUCUGGGGGGAGACCAGUCCUGACGCACGGCUUAGGGUGCCAACGAUCAGUUUCACGGUCAGGGGUUGGAAUUCCAAGGAUCUGGUUGAGACGGUGGAGAGGCAGACAAACUUUGGAUUUAGGGCCGGAACCUUCUAUUCGGUCAGGCUGGCGAAGGAGAUACUUGGACUUGUGGGCGAAGGCGAUGUUGUGGUGAGAGUGAGCAUGGUUCAUUACAACACAGUUGACGAGGUAAAGGCUCUGAUCUCAGCACUAGACAGGGUGCUCGCCAAGAAGGCAUAAAUCUCUGGGCGCACUCCAAGCAUAUGGCAGUUUGAUAAGUCGGAGUGUGAGGAUCAGUUAUGGAUUUGUACGCUGCAUACACCAAGUCUGG